UAUUUUCUCAACUUUCUCUCCAUUAUAAACUCUCUCUACUCUUGAUCAAUAAAGUACUUGGUUCUACACCAUCUCCUCUAUUUUUUGAAAAAGGCUUUCUCUCUCUUAGAGAGAUAAUUUUCUAGAGAGAGAAAAGAGUGUUACAUCCAUGAUGCGUUCCCAUCGAAAAUCGCCCUCUGUCUCUAGUUUGCAUUCUCUGGCUGUAGUUCCCUUGAUUGGUGUUUCCAGCAACCCCCUGGCUCCAAUACUUCAGCCAAUGGAUAUUCUUCAAGAAAAGCUUAGUUCAGAAAUCAAGAAAAUGAAUCCCACCUCUACAGAGGUGAAUUCUUGCUCUAGAGUUAGAAGUCUUCCUAAUAGUUUGAAUGAGGCUGAAUUGGUUGAUUUACCUACUACUGGUCUUAUCUACACCUGGUCAAACAAAAGGUUUGAAGGUCUCAUUGCUAGGAAGCUUGAUUGAUUGAUGGUUAAUGAAGCUUGGCUAGAUACUUAUCCAAACACUAAAGCUAGAGUUCUCUUUCUAGGAUGUUUUGAUCACAAUGCAAGGCUUGUAGAGAUUGCAACACCAUUAUGUGGCACUUGGAGGAAACUCUUCAAAUUUUUUAGCUUCUAGACUAAGAAUAAUGGAUUUUUGGCAAU